CGGAAAAAAACCGAAUAUCCAGCCCCAAGUCACGUGGCGAAAAAUCGCCGACGAUCGCCCAAGCCAUGUGGGCUCGUCGCACGUGAACCCCACUGGAUCCCUGCGCCCCUUAGCAGGAAGUUCCUGCUUCCCCCAACGGUCGCAAGCAGGCAGCAGCCUGGCUGCUGGCCCUCCUCUCACUCCUCGGGCUUAUCACCGUCAGCAAGAAGCUGCAAGUUUCUGCUCCUGCUGCUCCUGCAAGAAGUUCCUCUGCCGGGAGGUUCCUUCCUUUCCCACAAAUCUCCUCUUAUUGCGACGUCAUCAGCUUCAUCGUGGCGAUCUGCAUCGUUGUUCCCAGAGUCACGAGGAAAGGCGCGAUCCAGUCUUGCACAAGUUUCCACCAUGGCGUGACAACCGCAACGGCGGCAGCAACGGCAACCGAAGUUAUGUUGAAUUAGAGUAUCGGAGAUCCCAGAUCCAUGCAAGUUCGACUUGAACUAACAAGGUCUAGGAAAUCGGGCUCCUAAGGAAACAGUACGAUCUCGAGCAACAGAGCAGUAAUUUGUGGGGGAUUUCAUGGCGGCAAACGUCGCUAGCAACCAACCCUACGACGACUCCAGCCCUACCACCACCGCCGGCAGCCCUACCAGCAGCACGGCUAGCAGCACGCCAGCCAGGGCCCACAGCAGCUAUUACAACAGCGGCAGCUACCGCAGUGACUACGACUGCUCUCCCCCCAACGUUCGCCAGCAGCAGCAGCAGCAGCAGCAGCUGCAGCUACUGCGACAGCAGUCGUCCCUCAAGCCCUACCCGCUCAUGCGCGUUCUCCAGGCAUCUAUGAUGGACUACGCCGGCCGAUUCCCCUCCCGUCAGUCCUCCUCCCCCUCCUCCUCCCGCCAUUCCCCUCGCCUGUACCGCGGACUCGGCAGCGGCUGCAGCUCCAGUACCAGCAGCGCGGCGGGCAGCGGGUCGUUCGCCAUCCCGCGCACGUGGUCGCAGGGAUCCAACGGCUCUGCUUCGUCGCCAUACAGCAGCAACAGCAACGGUGCCUCGCGCUCUCCUUACGGCACCACCACCAGCAGCACCACGCCGGUUCUCGACGAGCUGUUGCCGGGGAUUGGGUCCGGGCGUCUGCUGUCGCUGGAGACACCGAGGCACCGGAUUGGUCGGCGACUGCAGAAGCACCUGAGCGAUCGCAUGUUCCGGGAGACGUUCUGGAGCUCGCCGCCGCCGCGCGACGCCCUUCCGAAGCCGUUCUCAUUCAAAGCGCCCGAGGGCAACGGUGCCGCCGCCAACAUCUCGCUCGUUCUCGUCGCGAUUCUUGCGAUCGUAGGUAUAGCCAUUGCUCUGGCGAUGGUGGCCAUGCCCUUCCUCGGGCUCAUCGAGUCGUACUUCACAGGAGAGCCCGCCAGCAUCCCCGCGCUCUUCCCUCACCCGUACUCCCCAUUCGCACACAUGGGUGGGGGAGGGGAGGAUUCCAUGAUGGCGGCAAGCCAGUUUGACUCGGGCCUCAAUUGGGGGUGUGCCGAUGGGGAGAACUGUCAUCUCUCCAAGGUGCUUUUAGCAGCGGCAUUUGGCUUGUCAGCUGUGCUCGUGCUGCUGAUGUUCGUCGCGUUUUUUGUGGAUAAGGUUCUUACUAGAAUCCUGGGGCAUAUCCAAGUGUCCACACAAAGCCAAUCAAUAAAGAGAAGGCCUUCAGAGCGCUGUCUUGGCAUCGACUGGAGAUUCCACCUCUAUGGCAUGCGCCAGGUUUGUCGCAUGUGGAAAGGUGGAAGGGUGGAGCUAGUUGCUGGAAAUCCACCAGAUUAUGAAGUGAGGCACAGAGGUAUGACGUUUUCGUUGUAGCAAUUCGGGUUUUGCGCCAUCUGUAAGGAGGAAUUGGUGCACCUUACAUGCCUAAAGCAUGCAAAAUGGGGAGCGGCAUGUUCACCAGUAACGUGCUGCCGUCAUGCCCAUCCGUAUGCAUUUAAGUGGGAAAACUAGUGAAAUGUCCUUUGAGAAUUCAGAUGUGAGAGGACUUUUAGUACCCGUAGUUUGUCUGUAAUCAGCUAGUUAGAGCAACCAUGGUCCUUACCGCAACUGCUUUCAGCGGAGGGCAAGAAAUCCGUUUGUUCGCCUUCAUAAGCGUCACACAGCUCUGCUAUUGGUUCAGAACUUUCGAACAAUCUGCAUGUGCCCCAGGGCCUGCAGCGCUGUCAAGCACAACAGACCGCGCCGGAAUAUGACGGUCUGCAAUUG